AUCGCGGGGCGUAUGUCUUGCUGGGACACGGCGGAGGUCUAACCUUUGGUUUGCGGAGCGGUCGGGUGUAUUCUCCGCUGCCCCCACGCCCUCGAGGUCCCCGCCACCCGACCCAGCGGCGGAGCCCGCCCGUGCCAGCCGCGGCACCUCCCGCACCGGAUCGCUCCUCGCUGGGGCGGGACCUAGCCCGGCGGCUCUGGUCACUAUGAGUGAAACAUCUUUCAACCUAAUAUCAGAAAAAUGUGACAUUCUAUCCAUUCUUCGGGACCAUCCUGAAAACAGGAUUUACCGGAGGAAAAUCCAGGAACUCAGCAAAAGGUUCACCGCCAUCCGCAAGACCAAAGGGGAUGGGAACUGCUUCUACAGGGCCCUGGGCUAUUCCUACCUGGAAUCCCUGCUGGGGAAGAGCAGGGAGAUCUUCAAGUUCAAAGAACGUGUACUGCAGACUCCAAAUGACCUUCUGGCUGCUGGCUUUGAGGAGCACAAGUUCAGAAACUUCUUUAAUGCUUUUUACAGCGUGGUGGAACUGGUAGAGAAGGACGGCUCGGUGUCCAGCCUGCUGAAGAUGUUCAACGACCAGAGCACCUCGGACCGCAUCGUGCAAUUCCUGCGCCUGCUCACGUCAGCCUUCAUCAAGAACCGAGCAGACUUCUUCCGGCACUUCAUUGAUGAGGAGAUGGACAUCAAAGACUUCUGCACUCAUGAAGUGGAGCCCAUGGCCACGGAGUGUGACCACAUCCAGAUCACGGCGCUGUCCCAGGCCCUGAGCAUCGCCCUGCAGGUGGAGUACGUGGACGAGAUGGAUACCGCCCUGAACCACCACGUGUUCCCUGAGGGCGCCACCCCUUCAGUUUACCUGCUCUAUAAAACAUCCCACUACAACAUCCUUUACGCAGCUGAUAAACACUGAUUAAUUUUAGGCCAUGCAGUGGAACCUGUCACCUAAUGGGACUGCAUUCUGAAUGGAACAUUCCGACUUUUCCAUUUUUUAAGCGAUUUAGACUGUGGCAAGACAAUGUGCAGCCUUUUGGGCAAAGCUCCUGUGAAUGAGGUCUACCCAUUUUGGACUGUGGUAACGUGGUGGCAUUUUUAGUAUUUAUUUUGAUGGACGAUCAAAUGCUUUCUAACUGGGCCCUUAGCUGUGCACCCCAGUUCCCUGUGAGGCGUGGGUGAGUCACCUGCCCUCUCUGGACUUGUUUCUUCAACUGGAAGAGGUUCCUGCCUAUGUAGACAUUCCAUUGUGAAAAAAUGGGGCCUCUGGUUUCAGGGGCAGUGCCUCUCUGCAGUGGAGGAAAAGCUUAAGGUUAGCUGUCUUAACUCGAGUGACUUACCAGGUCUGCAGAGUCCAGUCCAGUCACUUGUUGGCUCUGGCACAUGGCCUGGUGAGGUCAACUUGAAUGUGAGGGCUGUGAUAUGGCUUCAAACAUUCAUGAUGGAUGUGUUUUCCUAUCCCUAACUUGAG